AUGGACAUGUCUAACUCAACCCGGCAAGAGCUGAGCGAAAUUGAACAUAAUUUCGGUAUAGAUGAUCCAUGUGAUGAACUAAUCCAACAAAUCAAGAAAAACAACCAUGAUGAUAAAUAUCCACUAGUGAUGGACAUCGGGUGCGGACCGGGAAAUACUGCCAUAAUGUUGGCCAAAGAGCUAAACCCGGGGCACAUCGUUGGGGUAGACAUAGACCCGGAUGUGAUUGCAUUCGCCAAACAACACAACGCUAUGGCAAACACUGAUUACUACAUUCAGGACAUCACUCAGGAGUGGAACCAAUGGGACAAAAGUCUUCAGAAGUUGGCCGGAAAGGUGUCCGUAAUUUUCUCCAACUUUACUCUUCAUUGGGUCCGGGAGUCGGACACUGCGGCCCAAAAUAUGGCCAAACUAUUGUCAAACAACGGUAUUAUAGUAAUGAAUAUCUUAUAUUGCGGUGAUAUCUAUGACACCGCCGGCGCCGAUAAGAGGGCUGAGUUGGAGCGACAGCUCCGGUAUCCCAGCGAACAGCGAGUGGUCGGCCAAUGGGUGACCGCAUUCAAGAGCGCCGGAUUGACUCGUAUUAAUCUGAAAUACUGGGAACCAAAGUGUAUAUUCCCGGCGAAUGCCUUUAAUGAGAUGAUUCAAUUGUAUAUCAAUUGGUAUAAACAGUAUCUGACAGACAGUACUGAUGAGAGUAAUGAUGACAUGAAUGCCGUCUUACAGGAGCUGAUCGUUAAGCACUUCGAGACUCGGAAUAUGUCUAAAAUCUUGCUCAACGGUAAGCAUACGAUUGAAUUCAGCCGUGAAUUGUGGACUUUUGUCUACUAUCGUAGUAAAGUGCUAUCGUCGGUGAUCUACGACCAGAGGGAACAGUUGUUUAUUAUAUUCUACAUAGAGUUUAUUGUGUUGUGUAUAUUGGCCUACAUUUCCUACAUUGUGGAAAAGGAUGAUAACGAACAGUUUGAUAAUAUUGCUGAGGCUAUGUGGUGGUCGGUAUGUAAAUGUAAUAUGUAA